AAGCAUGGAUUCUUCUGUCUUCUUUAUUCAGGGUUCAAGUUGAACAUGCAUAUGAGGCAAUUACAAUACAAUUUCUUGAGUCAGGUGCCUCUUAGGGAUCAUAUUAGGACAUGUACAUUAUGUUAGAAGGGCAUUCAAGAUUGGCCUUGGGCCUUCUGGCAGUCUGGGCAUGACUACUGAGACCCCAGGAAGUGAUCACCCUCAAGGAGACACCCAGAUGGCAUCUGAGACAGAGCACCUCCCCCUGGGUGUGUUCGAGUGUCAUCUGUGUGCUUUGUCAGCUCCAUACAGCUAUGUGGGGCAGAAGCCCCCCAACACCCGGUCUGUCUUCCUGCUGGAGGAGAGCUAUGUCCUGAAGGACCCUUUCGCCGCCAACAAGGACAAAUUCCUUGUCCUUGGCUCCCGAUGCAACGUAUGUAGCAGGCUGGUGUGCGUGGGCCCGGUGAGUUGGCGAUUUGAGGCUGGGCACCCCCACUGGUGGCCAUGAAGCUGAGCCUUUUCAAGGGUGG